AUGCCAACACAACCAAAUCAACGACUUGACCCAGGCAAUGUCAUCGCCGUCAUAAUGCUUCUUCUCGCCGCUGCCAUACCACUUCUCUUCGGUCUCGCCAACCGUGUCCACGGCGACAUCAUCCCAGCCGAUGCAUCCAAGAACAUUUCCUGGCCCUACCACACCUUCAAGACUGUGAACUUCACUCCACCGGCGAUAGAGAUCUCCGGAACCCCAAGCUCAGAUCCAGCAAAAGAUGGCUACCUCUUCUUCGCGCCCGACGGCGGCACAGCUUUCCAAGCAGCUCCCAUUAUUGCGACUUCAACUGGCGAUCUGAUCUGGAAUGGCCCAAAAGGCAAGGCGUUUGGCUUCGAUGUGCAACGAUACAAAGAUGAAGAUGUUCUCGUCUACUGGAACGGAACUUCUUUUCCCGAACCAGUUGGACGCGGACAUGGAUCGAUCCACAUUCUGAAUAAGCACUAUGAAGAGAUUGCGCAAGUCUCUUUACCGGGAAAUUUUGUCGAUUUGGAGGAAGGUCAGACCUUUGAGAGUAAUAUUGACUUGCACGAGAUGUACUUGACUGAGAAAGGGACGAUUCUGGUUUUGGGGAAUAAUAUCACGCAGGCGGAUUUGCGAAGUGUAGGUGGUGGCGAGAAAGGUUGGGUUGUAGAGGCACAGGUGUACGAGAUCGAUGUGAAGACGAAUGAGGUGCUGUUCUCAUGGAAGAGUCUCGAUCAUCUGGAUGAGUUACCAUUCAGCGCGAGUGUUUAUCCGUUGGGCAGUGAAGAAUUCGAUGGCUCGGAGCAGAAGAAGGCCUGGGGCUACUUCCACAUCAACUCUGUCGCACCGCUCGGAGACGGAGGAUAUAUCUUGAGCUCAAGGUACUUAUCGAGCGCGAUCGCCCUGGACAAGUCGGGGAAAGUGAUUUGGCGAGUGCAAGGGUUCGAGGGCAAUGGUUUCACGUUGGGUGAGGGUGCUGAUUUCCGCUAUCAGCAUCACAUUCGGGUGGCGAACGAGACUGACGAUUGUGUUGUGAUCCGCCUGCACGACAAUCACAAUUGUCCCAUCGACAACAAUACUGCUCCUGCCUCCGGCAAAUUCCUCGAAGUCAACUUCAAGAACAAGCAGGUCGCGCUCCUAGGAUCCAAAUACUAUAACGCUUCAGGACCGAUCUUUCCUACUGCUCAAGGGUCAUUCUCCGAAAUGCAGAACGGGAACUACUUCACUGGAAAUGGCUGGAUCCCGGUUCUCGAGGAAUUCUCUCCCAACGGCACCACAGUCGCAACCUACCAAUUUGGUAACGCAACCCUUCGUCCUGGAGGCGGCUACUUCAGCGGUGGACGUGGCACGCUCUCCUAUCGUGGCUUCAAGCGUCGCUGGGUCGGAUGUCCCAAGAUUACGAAGCCUCAAAUCGUGGCAGAAUACAUUGGCGCAAUGGACGCUCCAAAAGGCACAAGAGUGUACAUUAGCUGGAACGGAGCGACUGAGGUGAAAGAGUGGGAACUUUGGGGCGGCAUUGCGAGCGUGAGUCGUAUUCAAACUGUGGAGAAGAAAGGCUUCGAGACUGUCGUCGACAUCGCGGAUGUGCAGUUCGUGAAAGCGAAGGCAAUAUUGAAGGACGGGGCGCCGGAAGACUGCGAAAGUGAAGUAGAGAGUGACUUGGUUUUCACGCGAGCAGCGAGAAGACAUGAAUAGAUGAGAAAGAGGUCAAGGAUACCGCAGCAAGAGACAAGCAACAUCGAAUGCACGUGGAAUCGAUUUUUGCAAUGUGCUUCGUUCUCUCCGACGUCAGAGGUCUCACAGUCGCUGAGGCGACCUCUAAAAAACCAAGGCGACCACUUGAAUGCUACGGCGACUGCCCCAAAUAGUCAUCUCAGCACAAAGAUACUGUGAUCUUGGGUCACCUGGCCAAUAAGCUGUCGGCAUUGUUGUGUCGACUUCGGAAGAGCUGGCUCGACCUCGUCGAGAGAGAGCGCGGUCAGGUCAGCGAACAAGCCCGACGAACUGCUUCAAGCCUCAUGAGUUCUUUAGCAUUCGAGAAAUACCACAACUCAUCUGGAACGUAUGCAAACUCACUACCAUUUGACC